CCUCACUUUUUUUUUUUAAUUAAAUUUUUUUUUUUUUACUUUUUCCUACACUGUUGCUCCAAACUCAACAGUCAAUGUUUGUUGGAGAGGAAACGUGCAAGUAUAGACAGACCAUUUCAGAGCAACAAUGAGCACAUCAAAACCCAGUGGACUCAAAGCACCCAGCAAAAUUGGCAGACCAGCCAAUGCUGGGGUCACAAAGACGUCUCCUUCUGUAGGUGACAAAUCCUCAGCUGAAGCCCAAGAUGCAGGAGAGCAGUUCAAGAUCGAGGAUCGUGUCUGGGUUAACGGCAACAAGCCAGGUGUCAUUCAGUUUUUAGGAGAGACCCAGUUUGCCCCGGGCCAGUGGGCUGGAAUUGUACUUGAUGAGCCAAUUGGGAAAAACGAUGGUUCAGUGUCAGGUGUGCGCUAUUUUCAGUGUGAACCGUUGAAGGGUAUUUUCACACGGCCGUCCAAGCUUUCACGCACAGAAGGUGAGGAGGACGGCACAACGACGGCUCCUCCGUCCCGUGCUGCAUCACCCACACCCUCCACUACAUCAGUGUCUGCUUCAACCAAGAAACCAGCUUCACCCACUAAAACUGCUACACCAGCCUCAGACCUGGUGCGGUCAAAGAGCGAGUCAGUGUCCAAUCUGUCAGAGACUGGCUCGGUCAAGAAAGGUGAUCGGGAGCUAAAGAUCAACGAUCGAGUGCUGGUUGCUGGCACAAAAGCUGGUGUAGUGCGUUUCUUAGGCGAAACCGAUUUUGCCAAGGGUGAGUGGUGUGGAGUUGAGCUGGAUGAGCCCUUGGGAAAGAACGAUGGUGCUGUGGCUGGAACCAGGUAUUUCCAGUGUCAGCCCAAGUACGGUCUGUUUGCACCAGUGCACAAGGUGACCCGUAUAGGUUUUCCCUCCACUACCCCAGCCAAGGCAAAGACCACUGUGCGGAAGACAGCGGCCACACCAUCAGGACUGAAACGCAGCCCCAGUGCCUCCUCCAUCAGCUCCAUGAGCUCUGUGGCCUCAUCUGCUAGUUGCAAGCCAAGCCGAACAGGACUGUUGACAGAGACGUCUACAAGGUAUGCGAGGAAGAUCUCUGGCACUACGGCACUUCAGGAAGCCCUGAAGGAGAAACAGCAACACAUUGAGCAACUCCUUGCCGAGCGUGACCUGGAGAGAGCUGAGGUUGCCAAGGCAACCAGCCAUGUGGGCGAAGUGGAGCAGGAGCUUACGUUACUGAGAGAAGGCCAGGAGCAGUAUGUAUUGGAGGUUGAUGCCAAAAUGGACCAGCUGCGAGCGCUUGUGGAGGCUGCGGACAGAGAGAAGGUGGAACUGCUCAACCAGCUGGAGGAGGAGAAAAGGAAGGUGGAGGACCUGCAGUUUCGGGUGGAGGAAGCUUGCAUUACCAAAGGAGAUUUGGAGACGCAGACGCAGCUGGAGCAUGCCCUUCUUAAGGAGCUUGAACAGAGUCUUCUCUUUGAAAAGACCAAAGCUGACAAACUUCAGAGGGAGUUAGAAGACUCUAGGGUGGCCACAGUCUCUGAGAAGUCCCAUAUAUUGGAGUUGGAGCGGGAUCUUGCAUUGAGGGACAAGGAGGUAGCUGCACUUCGUAAGUCACUGGAAGCUUUACCAGGGCAGGAUGGGGUUACUGACUCCACCACGGCAGUACUCCAGGAGGAACUCUGUUCCCUCCGUACACAGCUGGCCGUUCAAAGUGACAGUCACCAAGCAGAGCUGUCUUCCUUGCGUGAGAUGCUUGCGGCUCGAGAAAAAGAACACCGUGAAUCUCUGUCACAGCUCCAGUCAUCCUCAGGUCGCUUAUCGAAGGAUAACGAGCAGCUUUUAUGUCAGCUAGCGAAAUCCAAGGAGGAGAAUUCAAAUAUCAUUGAGGAGUGGCAUGCUAAACUAGCAUCAGUUGAGGCCUCACAUCAGCAAGCCUUGGAGGAGCUCAAAACCUCCCAUGAGGCAAGCAAAUCUGAGCUGCUGGAGGUACACAGUGCUCUGGAACAGUUGAAAUUAACACAUAAACUGGAGCUCGAAGAGCUUGCUAACAAACAUGCUUCUGAAACCAUGGAGUGGACGGGUGAAGCCAAAGAGCACAAGGCACAGCUCCUGAAAGUCACAGAAGAGAACGAACGGCUGGUAGAAACGCUACGCACCAAUUUGGAGAAGGCAGAGGAGCAGCACCUGGUGGAAAUGGAGGAUGUCUUGGGAAAACUUCACAGUGCUGAGCUCAGGGUAAAAGAGCUAGAGGACGCGGGAGUUAAGUUAGGUCAGCAGUUGGAUGAAAAGUCACAAGAAGCUCUGGAGCAAAAAACAGCCGUUCAGACUCUGCAGUCACAGCAAAGUCAAGGGAACCAAGAGAUGCAAAGUUUAUUGACCCAAAUAGACGAGGCAAAAAGCCAAUCCAGAUCUCAGGAAGAAAAGGUCACUGAGUUGAACUCAGUACUAGAGGGUAAACAGCAAGAGCUGAAUGGCCUGUUGCAGGAAAAGAGCUCUCUGGAGCAAGAAGUUAGUGAGCUGAAACAGAAUCUUGAAAAAACAUCUAAUGAUCAAGCCAAAUCUGCUCAGACUAAUCAAGAAUUACGUGAGGAGCUCAGGAAUAAAGAGGAACAAUGCACAUCUCGCUCUGCUGAAUUACAGGAUAUGAAGAGUCAGUUUGCUGGUUUACAGAGAAAUUUGAAAGCAAACGAAGAAAGGAUACUGCUGCUGACCAAAGACAAGACUAAACUUGAGAAUGACAUUAUGGACAUGACAAAGUCAUCAGGAGACAGUUCUACUGUAAUAACAAAGCUGAAUGAGGAUAUCAAGCAGAAAGAAAGGAGACUAGACGAGCUUCAGAACCAGUUUGAAGAGGAGAGGGAGAAGGCAGCUCAGGUUGAGGAGAAACAGUCUCGAGCACAAGUCCAGGCUGAGAAUGAAGCCAAAAGCCUUGAGAAGAGACACCAAGCAGAGCUUUCCAACCUGCAGGAGAGGAUCAAGCUUUUGGAGAAGGGUGCUGAAGACAAUCAGUCUAAAGCCAAAGACAUGCUUGCUUUGGGAGAGAAAGCACUUGCAGAUGCUGUGGAACGGCAUACAAAAGAAAUGCAGGAACUAAACGGCAAGUUUGAAAAAGUGCAACAGGAGCUCCAAGUGUCUCAGGAUGAAAGCCUGGAGCUGAGGAAACAGAUUGAGGAGUUGAAGACCAUUAAAGAAAAAGCUACGGUCUCAGAGAAAGCAGAACAGACUGCACAGGCUUCACUGGAGAGCCUCACCCAGGAGAACCAACAACUUCAGAAAGACAAGUCUGAGGCUGAGGCUCUGGUAACGCAGCUCAAAAACUCAAUGCAAGAAAUGCAGUGCAAGCUGGAUGCUUUGAAGCAGCAGAACUCGCAGUAUCAAGAGAAUCUGAGUUCUGACAGUCAGAAGAUCAGCAGCCUCAGUAAAGAGAUUGAGGAGUUGAAACAAGCAGACACUGAAAAAUCCCAGUCAGUUGAGGCUCUGAAAAAUGAGAAGGAAAAGCUAACACUGGAACUUGCCAGCAGCCACAAAGACAGUAACAUUCUGCUAAAUCUCAAAAAGGAGUGUGACAGUCUCAACGACCAAUUGAAGGAGAUGAAAAUUAGGGAAAGCACUUUCAAAAGUGAAUCAGAAAAGGAGAAAUCAGCACUUCAGCAGUCUCUUCAAACACAGAGUGCCUUGAUCUCAGAAAAGGACAAGGAAUUAGACUCUCUGAGAAAUGAGCUGGAUGCUUUGAAGCAGCAGAACUCGCAGUAUCAAGAGAAUCUAAAUUCUGACAGUCAGAAGAUCAGCAGCCUCAGUAAAGAGAUUGAGGAGCUGAAACAAGCUGCUGCUGAAAAAGCCCAGGCAGUGGAGGCUCUGAAAAAUGAGAAGGAAAAGUUAACCGUGAAACUUGCCAGUAGCCACAAAGACAGUAACAUUCUGCUAAAUCUCAAAAAGGAGUGCGACAACCUUAAUGAUCAAUUGAAGGAGAUGAAAAUGAGGGAAAGCACUUUAACAAGUGAAUCAGAAAAGGAGAAAGCAGCACUUCAGCAGUCUCUCCAAACACAGAGUGCCUUGAUCUCAGAAAAGGACAAAGAAUUAGACUCUCUGAGAAAUGAGUUCAAAAAGGAGUGUGACAGCCUCAAUAGUCAAUUGAAGAAGAUAAAAAUGAGGGAAAGCACUUUAACAAAAGAAACAGAAAAAGAGAAGGAAGCACUACAGCAAUCUCUCCAAACACAGAGUGCCUUGAUCUCAGAGAAGGACAAAGAAUUAGACUCUCUGAGAAACGAGAUAGCAGGUCUGCGUGAUACGACACAGGUGCUGCAGUCCAAUCUGAAAUCUCACAAGAGUGAGAAUACUUUGCUGCAGGAGCGAGUGAAGAAUCUGGAGACGAGUUUAGCUGACGCUCAGAUCACCAGCAAAGGAGAUGAUGCCUCAGAUGAUUCUGCUUUAAAAACGUGGAAGGAGGCCAAGGAGAAUGCUGAGCGGCAGGUUGAAUUCUUGAACUCAGUUAUUGUGGAACUUCAGCGGAAGAACGAAGACCUAAAAUCGAAACUAGAGAAGAUGGCUGAAGCAGCGCUCAAUGGAAAUGGUGCAACUGAAAUGGACAGUCAUAACAGUCACACCGAGCCAACGAUUAAAAAGAAACCCCCUCCCCGUCUCUUCUGUGACAUAUGUGACUGCUUUGACCUACACGACACAGAGGACUGUCCCACACAGGACCAGAUGCUAGAUUCCCCGCCACACACCACCUAUCAUGGCAGUCCCAAUGAUGAAAGACCUUACUGUGACAUCUGUGAGGUCUUCGGCCACUGGACGGAGUCCUGCAAUGACGAUCAAACUUUCUAGGGUCCUGCAACAUUUGUACUUGCAAUACUAUGCCUUGAAUCAAACAGUGCACAAAAGACUAUUGUAAGUUUGUGUGGUUUUUCACUCGUGUGUUUACCACCAUGUAAGCCUAAACCUUUCAGUCACAUAAAAGCAAGCAUCUGUAGUUUACUCGGUGGCAAUUUUAUCUUCCUUUAUUGCACUGAAUGACUGUUAGGAGGAAAGAGGGUUUUAAGUUCACUUUGAAAGAACCUUGUAGUGAAUGCUCAUUCUUUAUAUGGUGGUAGAGGUGAUUAACCAUGAAAUCUGGAAUUGACAGUUCUCUUAUAUGCUUAAAAGGUUGUAGAUCUUUAAACUUCAGUGCUGACCUCUAGUGGAAGGGAGGCUUGACUUCUCAACAGCCUUUCACAUAUCAACGAGUUUGGAUACUGUAAGAGAUGUAUUAAUAUAAAAAGUUAUUCUAGAAUUGUUAAAAUUUCAAAAUAUAUAUAUGCAAAAAAAUACAUAAGUAUGUUUCUAUCAUUUAUUAUCUUUAAGAAUGACUGUUAGAAAAAUUGCAACUUUUGCCCGAAAAGAAAUGGAGAAAAAAAGAACCACCAUCUUACUGUUUUUGUUACUUCAAAAUCAACAUAUGUUUCCCAGAUUGUUUGUGAAACAUUUAUUUGUACAAAUACCAAAAGGGGGGGACAUUUUUUUGAAAAAUAAACUUAAGAAAUAUCUUUUAAGUGCAAAACAUAUUCUUUGUUGUGUUGUAUGUUAAUGCCAAUGUGCUGCUCUAAAAAAAAAAUGUGUGUAUGGCCCUAAAGAGCAUCAUGAGCUGUCUGCAGAAAUUGUAGGGCUAUUUGGCUCUUGUCCGAGCCAGACAUAGUUUUUGACAAUGAAACUGCCUGACAAAUGAAGCAGUGAGUUACAAUAAACAUUGUUUUCAAAUAAG